AUGGUUGCUAAGGAUAAUGAUCUGUACUUAUACCAUCUCACGUUACAAAAACAGACAAACUUUAGGCACUCCUGCAUAGGGCACUUCGUGGAUCUGGAUGCGGGGUCCAGGCGUGAGCAGUCGCAAUUGUGUAUUGCUACUGAGACACACUUGGAGCUCUAUGAUACUUCAGAAGGGCAGAUGAAGCUUGUUACUAAAUUCCAAAACCUGUUUGCAACGAUAACCUCGAUGAAGUCGCUCGACUUGCCACAUUCUGGGUCAAGGAAAAACGCUUCCAAUUGGCCCACUUUUUUGGUGUUAACUUCUGACUCUGGCAAUUUAAGUAUUGUGCAGAUCGCUAUGCAAGCCGGUACGUUUAAACUAAAGACUUUGGUGAAUCAACCGUUAAGUAGAACCACCCUUCGAAGAGUAUCUCCCAUAUCGUACAUGGAAAUCGACCCUAAUGGGCGUUGUAUAGUUCUUUCAUCUGUAGAACAGAAUAAAUUGUGUUUCCUCGUUGAUUAUGCCCAAAAAUUGAGGAUAUCCUCUCCCCUGGAAAUCAUUAGGCCUCAUAUGGUAACAUUAGAUAUGACUGUUUGUGAUGUAAAUUUUAAUAAUCCAUGUUUUGUUACUUUAGAAAUUGACAAUACCGCUGCUCAACUAUCAGUACACUUGAUAUUCUAUGUACUUGAAUUGGGCUUGAAUCAUAUCGUCAAAAAGGCUGAUUAUUCAGUCAAUUCAUCAGCAGGCUUCAUCUUAAGCUUACCAGAUUUGUCGCGGUAUGGUAUAACAACUUCCCUCAACGACAACAACUAUGAUGUUGACGAUGAUUCCCUUUUCAAUCCUUUUGUUGUCAUUGGCUUCGAAAAUCAUAUCCUUAUUAAGGACAUGAAUGGAUUUUUUAGCUUAAAAGUGGAAAUACCUCAGAGAGCUGGCAUAAGAAACAGUCAGAAAAACGUAACAAUUAUUUCAGGCAUAGUACAGAAAUUGAAAAAUGAUUUUUUUGUUCUCCUACAAUCCAACCAUGGUGACCUUUUCAAAUUAACAGUUAGGCCCGAUAAUAAUGAUAGAAAUAGACCGCUAAUUCAGUUAUCCUAUUUUGAUACAAUCCAAAAUUCACAUCAAUUACACAUUUUCAAGAGUGGUUACCUGUUUGCAUUAUCUGAAAUGAACAACAACUUUCUAUUUCAGUUUGAACAACUGGGUGUAGAGAACGAUCCUUCUAAGAUUUUAACCUCAAAAAAUCCAAAUAAUUCGCUGGUUUUCGAACCAUCCGUCGAAUUACAAAAUUUGAGUAUAUUAUCACAACAGCUAAAUUUGAAUCCAUCAAUUAGAUCUCAAAUUUUGAGUGAUUCGCCACUUUCUAUUGUCACUAAACAUUUUACGAAUAGCAAGAUAAUAACUCUAACAAACGCUGUGAAUUACUCUAAUUUGAUAUCUACUAGUUUGCCACCAAACGCAACUAAAUUAUGGUUAAUACCUGAUCCUGCAGCAACAGGUGACAACAAUACUCUUCUAUUCAUAACUUUCCCCAAGAAAACAAUGAUAUUACAGAUUGACAAUGAAUCCAUGGAAGAACUAACACCUGACGAAGCAACAAGUUCAACUUUCAAGCUAUCUCAAGAUACUACAAUCCAUACAUGCCUAAUGGGUUCACAUUCUAUUAUUCAAGUAUGCACUGCGGAAUUGAGGCAUAUUGUACCAAGUGGUAAAUCCAAGUAUUCUAAUAAGUUGACUUGGGUACCCCCAGCAGGUAUUCGUAUUGUGUGUGCAACAUCCUCGAAGACACAGCUGAUCAUAGCAUUAUCAAAUUACGAAUUGGUCUAUUUUAAGAUAGAUUCAUCCACAGAUUCAUUAAUUGAACUGACAACUCACCCAGAAUUGGAUACAAUGCCGUCUAGACUUUCCAUUGUACAAGAUACACAGCAUGCUGAUUUAUUAGCCAUAGCUGAUAACGAAGGUAUAAUUAAAAUAAUGUCUCUUAGAGACCAAAAGGAGGAUUUUUUAUCUGUAAUAAGUCUACAACUUGUCAAUGAAAAAAUUUCUGACAUGAUCAUGAUUAGAGAUUCUUGGAUAGGAAUGCUUAAUCUGCAUGUUGGUUUAGAAAAUGGUGUGUACAUGAGAUUCCAUAUACAAGACGUUGAUGGAACUUUUAAUGACAUUAAAAAACGAUUUCUUGGCUUGAAACCUGUUUCCCUGUCAUAUUUACAGAAUAUAUCUACGUCAUUGAAAGAAGAAGAAGACGAUGACGAUGAUGAAGAAGAGGAAGAAGAAAAAGAAGAAGAAGAAGAUAAUAAUAAAACCAACUUGAUUUCAUGUGUUUUUUGUCAUUCUUCUUCUACAUGGGUAAGCUACACCUGGAAUAACAUAUGGAACAUACGACUGUUAAAAGAUCAAAGUAUGUUGAGUUGUUCCAAAUUCGUUAACGCAGAUGUAGAGGUGAACGGUAUCUGUUCAAUAACGAAAUCAGGGCGUUUGGAUAUCGGUAAAGUUUUUAAUUUUCCAACUUUGGACAACUGGUUUCACGUCGAUGAAUCAAGUGUUGAAAAGCAAGAGAAUGGAAUAGAAAAUGAAAUCAACGAAGAGGAAAAAAAAGAAGAUAAUGAUGAUGAUGAUAAUGAAGAAGAAGAAGGAAAAGAAGAAUCAGAAGUAGAAGAAGGGGAAACAUUGCAAGUAUCUCUAUUCCAACCUCGCGUUAUCUUAUCAUUUCCGAAUAAACCGAAACAUUUUCUGUUCAUUGACAACCACUCUGACAUACAGCAAUGCCGUCUAUCAUUGCGAGUUAAUGGUAUAUGCUUGAACUACAACAAAUCAAAUAUUUUGUUCAUAAUACUACACAAUGUGCGCUGCAUUUCUGCGGCUAUAGUGGACUUCACGAGGCAGGCUAACCAUCUCGUAAUUUGUGCUGAAGAUAAAAGACUGCUCACAUACAAAGUACUAGUUAAUAAAGACCAGUCAUCUUUUGAGAUUGAACCAAUUCAUCAAACCAAUAUCAUCUCACCGAUAUAUUCCAUGUUGAAGUUUAAAAAUUUUCUACUCACCGCCAUCGAUUCCACUAUUGUCCUCUACGGCUUAGGGAAAAAGCAGCUGUUGAGAAGAUCUGUAACGCAGACUCCCGUAUCCAUAACAAAAAUUGUAUCCAUGGACCAGUGGAAUCAUGAAAGAUUGGCUGUUGGCGACAUACACGAAUCUGUCACUCUAUUUAUCUGGAAUCCUGCUGGAAAUAUUUUUAUUCCAAUUGUCGAUGACUCCGUAAAACGCCAUGUGGCAACUUUGAAAUUUUUAGAUGAGGCAACAAUAAUAGGCGCUGAUAAGUUCGGAAAUGUGUGGACUUUAAGGUGUCCGCUAGAAUGCGAAAAAAUAAUAUCAAAUUGUAAUCCUGAAGAAUUAUCAGAUAACACUAUUAAGUACCCGCUGGACCUUAUAAGCUUACAGCAGAAACUGCCCAAUACUUAUGACUGCAAGUUUAAAUUUCAACUAUUGAAUCACUUUUUCGUCAAUGAUAUCAUCACAGAUUUCCAUAUCUUGGACAGCAUUUCAAAUUCUGAUAGACCUGGCUGCAUCUAUAUGGGUUUACAAGGCACUGUUGGCUGCUUUAUUCCAUUAUUAUCAAAGGGGAAUGUUUUAAUGAUGAAAAAAAUCGAAAGUAUAAUGGCUGAGGCAGAUGAUUCGUUUUAUUUAGAUUAUGAGUCACGAAAGAGAAAUAAGAACAUGCGAAAGGAAGAUGAUGAAGAGGAAUUAGCUAGCGUUGUGUUACACGGACUGCAUGACAUAGUUGACGAACCAAUAUGUGAGGGGUCUUAUUCCGUUGUAGGCCGAGAUCACCAAAACUAUAGAAGCUAUUAUGCCCCUGUGCGCAAAGUUAUUGACGGAGAUCUAUGUGAGAAUUUUUUGAGGCUUUCCUUGAUUGAACAAGAAUUUUUAACCAACAAUCUGAAGAAUAUUCAAGUAAAGGAUAUAAUUCAUAGCAUAAUUGAGGUUAGAACAAAUUACAUUUAA